CCGCAUUUUGCUUCUUGUCUGAUAAGUUGAUGACUCUCAUUCACGCCUUUGCAUUACGCAGAAACCGAAGCACAGCAACGACCCUGCUUCUUCUUCAUCCGCCUGAGCCCCGGCGUCUCUCUCUCUCUCUCUCUCUCUCUCUAGAAAAUGAGGAUUGGUUUCUUCCUCAGUAUCCUAGCUUUUCUCCUCCUCUCCUCUCCCUCCCUCCAAGUUGCUAGGUCUCAAGAAGUUGCUGACGUUGCCGAAGCUGCUAUAGAAGCAGGUGAUCUUGGGAUUGUAGGUGAUGAUGUCCAAGAUUUCACGGACGGGAAUUUUAGUCCAGCUCUAGGAGUGGAAACAGUCUGCGUUUUCCCAAAAAAUCCUUCACGAUCCGGGAUUGCAGGGGAAGAGAGUGAACUCUUGGUUGGAAUGAAAAAUGAGGGGGAAACAAAUGUGGAUAUUAUUGCAAUCAAGGCCAGUGUUCAUCUUUCUUAUGAUCAUCGUCUUGUGGUUCAAAACCUUUCUGCACAGGGUUUCAACAAUGCUUCAGUUCCUCCCUCAGCUCAAGCUACUUUUCCAUACGUGUUUGGUGUCAGCAAAUUUUUGCAGCCUGGAACAUUUGAUCUUGUGGGCACCAUUAUCUAUGAGAUAGACCAGAACCCGUACCAGAGCACAUUCUACAAUGGUACCUUUGAAGUUACUGAAACUAGUGGCCCUCUCAGUGUUGAGUCAGUUUUCCUGUUUUUCCUUGGAAUUGGCCUUGUUGGCCUUCUUGGAAUAUGGAUUCGUAGUCAGAUACAGCACCUUUCCAAGAAAACUAAGAGGCAACCUAAGGUGGAAGUUGGAACCAAGACAACUGAUGCCUCAAUGGACGAGUGGUUGCAGGGAACUGCAUAUACUCAAUCACUGGCCAACAAAUCAAAAAAGAAGUAGAUCAGGCUUGGACGAAGAAUUAUGAUGAGGCGUAGAUUCUUGUAACACAAAGUAGCCGUGUCGAAACGCCUAAAUGGCAAAGUUGUUAAAAAAACACUAGGCCAGGAAACGCCUCAGGGAGUAUGAGGAAGAGAAAUUCAUUACAUUUCAUUUUUUCUUCAAGACAGCCAAGAGUUGAACCUUUCUAGAGCAAAAUCAGCGGAAUUUGACUUAGGGAAGAUACAAUUUUGUAAAAUUAAAUUAAGGAUUGUCAUUUUGAUAUACUGUUUUCGUCCUGUCAA